UUUUGUAAGUACAGACAUGAGUACGUUUGCCAUCUGUCACAGACCGUUAGACGGAACCAAAUGUCUUGCGUGUUCCAGGACGGACAUAUCAAAGUGUUACAAACACGUGUUGAUGGAGCGCUGUGUUCGAAAUUCUAAAUUUGUUGUCCCGAUGUGAGGUGUAAACCGACAUAUCUACACUAUUCUGUGUAACUUAUCCAUUCUACACCACCGAGAACUACAGUCGACAACGCCGUGCCUUGGUUUAUUUUGGAUCAAUGGACUUGUCAGGAAAGUCUCCAAACUGGAUGCUGUUGCACCCAGAGUAUAUCAGGAUGACGAAACUCGACGUGGAAGACAGUGAACAAGCCCAUGCUGCUUUCCUUGUUUACAUGGACCUCACUGAGGUGCGUCAUUGGAAAGAGGUGUCCUGUGUUAAAAGUGAUCAACUCAAACUAGUUUUGCUGGAAGCGAAAGAGAAAGAAGGAUCGGCCGUUCAGUCAGUUCUCCCUCUGCCUGUGCAUCGCUCUCUGAGCCACAACGAUAUACGACACGUUUUGGACAGAGGUUUUCCUAUGCUGCUGUGUGCUGUAGCCUCAGACUCCACGCUGGUCUACCAGAGGUUAACUGAUGGCUUGGUGACCCCCGACCCACCAGUAGGUCCCUUCCAAGACGGGGGACGCCGGCAGCACAGGAAGAGACGACAGCAGCAGUCGACAUAAGAUGGGAAGCACAAAUGACGGUGCGUAAAUUAUAAUGGAAUUAUCUGCGAGGUCCUGCUAGGAUGUAUUAGUAUGAUGAUGUCUUAACUAGUACGACCUUCAAAUAAAUAUCAAAGAUAAUGAAUGAAAGUUAUACGAGUAGGCCAAAAGUGGAAUCACAUUGCAAUACUAAUAGGAGUCAAAAUGUUUUCCAUCCGCUAAUAGUAUGAAAUUACACAUUUCAAAAGUGGAGACAUUUUUCCAGGUUAAACUUUUGACGCCAGUUUUAGUUCACACAUUUGGGUCAACAGCAGUCGAGAUCAGUUUAAAAAGAAAAUAUUUUUAUUUUUUUUCUAGAAAAACAAAAGACCAACAUUGACAGUAACACCGGUGAGUGAAAGACUAACUCCAAAUAGUACGUGACUUCACCCAAGCAGGGUUCAUCUGGACCGUGAUAUUGAAGCGGGUCAGUACGUAGUGAGUCGAUCGUGCGAGUGUGAGUGUUUUAAUGUUCGGUGAUGGAAGGAAGCAACCCUGAGCCUUGUUUCACAUAAAUAUAUUAGAAAGAAAUGAGGGCAGACGCACAGACUUUUAAUUUGGGCCCAGAAAUGGUAGAAAAGAGAUUAGUUUCUUGGAAUGCAGAAGCCAACCUGGUGAUUUUUUAAGGGCGGCAGAUGGAGGCAGUGGGUGGGUGGGUGGCUGGGCCUCAUGCAUGAAACAUCUGUUCGCAACGUUUUGCUCACUACUAAUUCAAUUGUUAAUUUUCUUUUCUUUUUUUUUUUUAAUCACCAGGCUUUAAGUCUCUGUAAGCCGCAUGGAAGCUGCUUUGAAACACAAUGAAAUAGCUAACAUUUCAUGAAAACAUGACUCAAGGCAAAGGAAUUUGAAUUGCUGAAUACACGUUUCUUCUUUUUCACCCCCAAAGAAUUCAUUGAGAAGAGCACAGCUGACACCCUUAAUGUAUUAGCCCAUUUGAUUUCGGAUCAAAUUAAAAGAUGCUAUAAUAUAUGUAUCUUAUUUUUCCCCAUAAUUAUAUUUAAGUGGCAAAUCAGAAACGUUCAUGCAUGAAGCCCUAUUUUCUGACUUGUCGUAAACGUCCAGCCGUGACUUUAAGGAGAAAUCCAAGCAAAGAGUCCCUCUUGAUCCCUGACAUCCCAUGAUGGCUUUUCAAUAAAGUAAACAAAAACGAAGUCCUCAACUCGUAAGCCGUCUUUGAUUUUUGGUCAUUGGAUGAGACAAGAAGGAGCUUGGUGUUGAGCAGGAAGGGCAAGAAGUUGCUCAGUGGAGUUUUGUCCUUCUGCCCUUGAAAACAGGUGGAAUGAUACACUGCAACACUGACAUGCUCUCCAUUUGAUGGCUGCUUGAUCGUGGUGCUAUGUCACAUCUUCCUCCUCUGAGCAGUAAUCCCUGCCCUGGAAGAAAUUGAUACUUUAGGAUAUAAUACGGUAGCAGAAAGGUCAACUCACUUGAAAGUUAGCAGCCGUUUGUCAAAUACUGAACUAUUAUUCAAAACCGAAGCCUCGAGAUGUUUUUAAUGCCACUCCCCUUUUAUGUUUACUGCCAAAUUAAAUAUCAAAGAAAA